GGUGACAUCUGUCUGUGUAAAGCAGGAAACUAUAGCUCAACUGGACUGUUUUUUUUAUUUUAUUUUUACUAUGUAACGACUUUACAAGCUGCAAAAUCAGCGAGCGUGUGUAUUCGUAACAUUUAGGACUAUAUAGACGAUGCGGGUAUCUCGUUUUAUAAUGGUGAAAUAUAUCCAUAUGCUUACACUUACCAUUUCUUUAAAUACAAAACGGGAAGGUUAUAUAAAGCGAGACUGAAUUAUGCUUAACGACAUACCGCAAAUUAUUUCAAGCGCGAGACAAUUGCAACAAUCGUCAGCUUACAUUCGUUAUACAAGUUUUCCCAAAUUAAAAAUCGCAAUUUAAUUAUUUUCAUUCUUACUCUCUGCUGCUUGAAUUUAUGGUAAUAUCUAUCUCAUUUCGUGUUUAUGCAACCCAGCAAUUAUAACAUGAAACAUUUGUAGGCUAAAUGGGAGUUGGAUCCGAGAACACAUCUAGUAAGUUUGUCUUCCACGUUGGAGAGGCAGCGCUUGCCAAGAUGACAGCCGCCAACUCUGAAGCCAUGCAGUUGGCGAAUGUUGAUCAGACAACGGAACCGAGAGGGACGUGGGGUCGGCGCCUGGAUUUCGUGCUCGCCUCCAUCGGUUAUGCGGUGGGUUUGGGAAACGUGUGGCGCUUUCCGUACCUGUGCUACAGGAGCGGAGGAGGUGAGUGCUUUCUUGAUUCCUUACUUUAUCAUGUUGUUAUUCUGUGGCAUACCCCUACUCUUCAUGGAGUUCACCAUUGGACAGUACACUCGUCUGGGGCCAGUCCACGCUCUGGCUAAAAUAUGUCCCCUCUUCAAAGGUGUGGGACUUGCCACAGUGGUCAUUUCUUUUGUGCUCUGCACCUACUACAAUGUGCUCAUGACCUGGGCCCUCUAUUACCUGGUUAACUCUUUCAACCUCUCAUUGCCAUGGCAAUCCUGCAACAACACGUGGAAUGCAGUUGGCAACUGUUCCACUGGUUUCCCUGGCAAUGCCACACAUCUGCAAUCAGCGAGUCAGCAGUUCUUCGAUCAUAAGUUGCUCGACAUGACAAAGGGGAUUGAGCAUGCUGGAGGGAUUCGCUGGGAGCUGUUUGGCCUUCUAGUUCUGGCCUGGGCCAUUGUUUAUUUCUGCAUCUUUAAAGGAGUCAAAUCCACAGGAAAGGUUGUGUACUUCACUGCUACGUUCCCUUAUUUCAUACUGUUUGCUUUGCUGAUCAAUAAUAUCCAGCUGCCUGGAGCUAUAGAUGGCAUCCUCUUCUUCCUCAUGCCAAACUGGAGCAAGCUCUUGGAAGUCCAGGUUUGGGUCAACGCUGCUGCUCAGAUAUUUAACUCUAUUGGAAUCUCCUUUGGUUCUAUGAUAUCUAUGGCCAGUUACAACAAGUACAACAACAACAUUCUCCGGGACACAUUUAUCGUUGCUCUUGCUAAUUCAGCCACCAGUAUCCUGGCCAGCUUUGUGAUUUUCUCUGCCAUCGGGUACAUGGCCCACAUUCACAAUCUGCCUGUGGAUGACAUUGCCACAGAUGGGCCUGGUCUGGUGUUUGUGGUGUAUCCUGAGGUCUUAUCCACUAUGCCCAUCUCACAGCUUUGGGCUCCUCUGUUUUUUAUCAUGCUACUCUGCCUCGGACUGGACAGUCAGUUUGCCAUGGUGGAAGUGGCUGUAACAUUCAUCAUGGAUGGUUUUGGCAAGAAAGUUUUGCAAGUUUUUAAGAGGAAGGAGCUGAUUGUUCUGGCGGUGUGCAGUACUGGCUUCCUGCUGGGGAUUCCUCACAUUUCCAGGGGUGGGAUAUAUGUGUUUCAGCUGAUGGAUCACUACACAGCAGUGGUAUCACUGAUGUUUUUGGCCUUCUUCGAGGUGUUCGCUGUCACUCUUAUAUUUGGAGUGAAACGGCUCAGUGUAAUGGUGGAGAACAUGCUGGGAAAGAAACCAAAUCUUUUCUUCCGUGUGUGCUGGCAGUUUCUGUCACCCAUGCUUGUAUUGGGUAUUCUGAUCUCCAGUAUUUUUCAGUAUAUUCCAGCUCGAUACGGUAAGUCAUACACAUACCCGGUGUGGGCAGAAGUGGUGGGCUGGUUCAUCUCUCUCUUCUCCAUCAUCUGGAUCCCAUUGGGGGCUCUGCACGAGCUCUGGACAACCAAAGGAUCUCUGCUGCAGAGGUUGAAAGUGUCCUUAACUCCGACUGUAGAUCUGGAGCCUGUCUCAGAGAAACCAGCUGUGGAGUCCAUUGCGUUGUUAACUACCCCUUAGACAGUGUCUAAGGGGUAGUUAACAACGCAUUGUCUCCACAGGGGGUGCACAGUGUGUGUGUGUUCUUAAAUGUGUUUACUGUGUUAGAGUAGCUCUGCUUAAACUGAGAAAAUAAAUACUUAAUAUGUCAAAUAUUUUUAGUUUAUUAUAUUUGAGAUUUCUGCUGAAUAGUACAAACCAUAAUAAUGGUCGCAGAAUUACAAUAUGCCAUUAAUUGUAUGGAAAUAUUUUACUAGUUUACGAGAAUAUAUUGAAAAAUAUGGGAGUAGUGGUGGUGGUGGUGUAGUGGUCUAAGCACAUAACUGGUAAUCAGAAGGACGCUGGUUUGAGCCCCACAGUCACCACCAUUGUGUCCUUGAGCAAGACACUUAAUCCAGGUUGCUCCGGGGGGAUUGUCCCUGUAAAAAGUGCUCUGUAAGUCGCUUUAGAUAAAAGCGUCUGCCAAAUGCAUAAAUGUAGUUACAAUUUUUUUAUUGUUUUUAUAAAUUACUUUUUAUGUAUUUUUUUUUACAUGUAUUUAAUUAUUUUAUAUCUUUAUUCAGAGCACUGUUCCACAGCUUUAUAAUGUACAAAGAGAACUUCUUUAAUGUUAGACAUUCAAGCUUGAAUGCAUUUUUUUUAAAUCUAAAAUAUAUCUGACAAUGUAAUGAGGGAGAGAGCGAGAUGACAAGUUUCAAAGAGUAAAUAUUGGAAAGUCUACCACUGUUAUGUGUGUGGGAAGCAGGAGAAGGCAGACGGGUGGUUUGGAUCCAAAUGCGGUUUUAAUUAUAAAUAACAAAUAAGCAAACACAAAGAAAAGUCCACGAUGGGAAAAAUUAACUCUAACACAAAAGAACACACAGCUGGUAGAAAAUCCACAAAGGGCUGGAAACAUGGGCAAAGGCAUGACAUGAAACGAUACAACGAACGACAAAGGAAAAGGAAAACAACAGGGUUUAAAUACACAGACACAAUGAAGACUAAACGAGACACAGUUGAGAACAAUGAUGAGUGCAGGCAGUGAGGGAGGCCGGGAAUUGUGGGAAUUGUAGUUCUUUAGACAAAGACAAGUGAAACAUGGAGCUGACAACAAGGAAAACGUGAUAUGGAACUGGAUAAGUGACAUGUGAAACAGAAAACACGGGGCAGACAACACGGGAACGUAACAACCACAUCUUAAGUCUACAUAUAAUAUAUCUUUUGAAACCCUUAGUUAAAGAAUUUAAAAAAACAGAAGUGAUGUUUAUAAUGUUAGGUAGAAAAUACUUCCAAAAUACUUUCCAAAAACUGUUUGGUGUCACUGCACCAAAUUCCUUCACAGAACAUCCAUGAAUUUCCAUGAAAUUCUUAUAUUCCAAGUUCUCAAAUGUAAACAUCACCUUGUUGUGGAUACAACAUGCAUUCAGAUUCUAUAGAUUAUAGAAAAGAGAAAUAUAGAAAAGCUGCUUUCUGAGUGUCAAUGAUGCAUUUGUGUUCACAGAGGAGCAUGGACUAAUUUAUAUGAACUAAAACUCACAUUUAGAACUGACAGCUUUUCGAUUACUUGUCACUUUUGCCAUUUAGUUACGAUCUUGAACAUUUACUAUGACCCAUAUUAAAACAUAUUCAAAGGUUUAACUGGCAAAAAACUUACACAUUAUAUUUGCCAAACAUCCCUGAUUUUGAAGCAAAUUGAAGAAAAAGUAAAAGGUUGAAAUGUAAAAAUGUAUGUGGCCUUUCAGACCUAUGCAUUUAGAUGUAGACAACGAUUUGACUGAAAUCAAGGUUUACAUUUAAAACUUCUUUUAAUAUUUUCCUUUAAAUUUAGAUUUUCCCAUUUAGAGUAAAAAAAUAAAUAAUAAAAAAAUACAUGUAUAAGAAAGUUUAAAAUAAAAUUCUCAGAAAAAUUUGCCAAAGAUUAUAUCAAAAUAUCUGCUGAUACCAAAAUAAGAGCAGGACAUGAAUCGAUUAUUUAUUUAUUUAUUAAUUUUUUGAGGCAUGGUAGUAUUAAAAUAGAAAUAUAAAAGUUAUUCUGCCAUGAUUUAUAGAACAGCAUAUUACAGAUUAAUCAUUGAAAAUGGUGUCCAAAAUGGAAAUAAUUCUUCAAUUGAACGAUUCUACACUGAUACAUAAUUAUCACAACCUAUUUUAAUCUUUUUGUUUUUGUAUAUCAUGAAAUCACAGCUGUUUAGAUAAAGUGUGUCCUUCUAACUACAACACUUUGCUUUUUUUUAUUUUACUCUAGUUUAAAAAACAAAAAAAACUAUUACUAUUAUCAUGUUUUGUAUUCAUAUUAUCACGUCUCCGUUUGAAUGAGUACUUUUAUUUUGUUUUGUUUGGUAAGAACAAAAUGUAGUACAGAUUGAUAAUGGUCACUUAUAUUUAAACCGUUUAUCUUUGUCGUGUUAAUCAUUUCUGUUGUAUUUUCUCUGAUUAUCUAUAAAGUUAAGAGAACCUUUUUUAUAUUUAAAUUUGUUGUGUCAUGACAGGCACAAAAAAGCAAUAUGUGGUCUCAUCUAAAUAAAAGGCAUUGUUUUGUCAUUUGCAGAUCUGUUAAGCUGCUGUGUCUGUGUCUUCCAUUCUGAUAUAAUGUGUAUUAUUAGAGUAAGAUGAAGUGUAGUACUGCAAUUUUACCGCUUGAUGACAGCAAAGCGACUGAAAGCAAGUCAUUCAUUUGUCACAUGCACACGGUGCGAAGGCUGUGAAAUGAAUUUCCUGCAACUGCCUUUUCAAAUUUAAACGUACACAGAACUAGAAAGAAGUAUAAGAGCAAAUUUAAAGAAGUUACAAUGGGUAAGAUGAACAAAUUAAUGUAUGGUUAAAAGUAUGUGGACAUCCCCUUUUAAUUACAAUUUGUAUUCCAGCCCCACCAAUAUGCAUAAAAUCAAGCAUACAGCCAUGCAAUCUCUUUCGACAAACGUUUUAAGUACAGCGUGGUGUAACAAAGAGCUCCGUUACAAUCAAUGUGGCACUGUCAUAGGAUGCAACCAGUAAAAUGUUUUUCUGAGUCUUUUGUGGAAGAACCUCACUGCCCUGAGUCCAGACCUGAACCCAACUGAACACUUCUGGAAUGCAAAUGUAAUCUCACUAAGGCUUUUAAUUGUAUCUGAAUGAGCGCAAAUCCCCACAUCUGAAGUGGAAAGCCUUCCUAGAAUAUUUGACACUUUUAUAGCAGGAAAGGGAGGACCAACAUU